GCUUUUUCCAAGACGCGACCUUAUUCAAUGGCCUCAUAAAGCCAGCGUAGAAGUUUUCAAUUUAAACUCUAUUUAAUAUGUUACCUCGCUGUCGCCUUCUCCUUUCGACCUCCAUAAAAUCUGAAAGUUGGCUAGAAGCCAGCCAAGUCCACUUCCGUCGAUUUCGCUCCAAUAUUUCGCGUCAACCAAGAGAUUCGUAUUAUUCCUCACAAACAGAAACACCACCUUUUCCCGACAAUCGUAAUCAACGUGGUAGCUUCAAAAAUGUCGGUCGUUCCAACCCUCAACACGUCAUGAAGCAAAAGAAGGGUCACAUCCUCGACGGUUUCUCGGCACGGGAUGCCAGUGACACACUCUCCAUCAUGCAGAAACAGGCGCGAAAAUGGGCUGAUCUUCCCCACGUUCACCGUCGCUUGGAGUCCUUCGGGGUACCACGCACAGACGUUCAGCCUCUCCUCUCAAUAUUCGCCCGAGAAGUCAACUCCGGGCUCCUUCAAGACCCAGUCGAGCAGAAGAAGUUUCAUGUGGAGAGAUUUGUUCUUACCACCAAAGAACUCAAUCAAGGACUCCGACUAGACCAGAUUCUCACUCAACUUUUCUACUCGUGGGCUUCUGACCCCGAGCGACAAGAGUAUCUCCUCAAAUCAGUGCAGCGGAGUACACUGGAACAAAUAUCGCACCUAUACUCCACCGCCGAUACAUCUUACCCUGCAGAUCUCUAUCCUAGAGCGCGUUCUAUGCGCCGCAAGGUCAUCAUGCACGUUGGGCCUACUAAUAGUGGGAAGACGCAUAUGGCUCUACGUGCGCUUGCAGCAGCCAAGACCGGCGUCUACUCUGGUCCGCUGCGCCUACUCGCCCACGAAAUUUGGGAUCGGCUCAACAAGGGCCAGAUCGUGCCCCUCGGGAUGGACCCAGACCCCGACUCUGAGCCAGACACCAGCACGAACAUGGAUAUCAUCGAAGACGGGGUGUCCAGCCCGACCGUGCGGAAAGACGGGAAAGCAAAGUACGCACGAGAAUGCAAUCUCCGUACCGGAGAAGAGUUUAGGAUCGUUUCCGAAUAUGCCGGUCUCGUGAGUUGCACAGUAGAGAUGACGUCUUUUAAUCUUCCGGUGGAAGUGGCAGUCGUGGACGAGAUCCAGAUGCUUGCUGACCCAGACCGGGGAUCUGCAUGGACGGCUGCUGUGUUGGGUCUACCUGCCGAAGAACUCCAUCUCUGUGGCGAAGAAGUUGCCGUCCCAAUCGUCCAAGCGCUCUUAAAUGACACGGAUGAUGAACUUUUCAUCAAUCGUUAUGAGCGUCUGACGCCUCUCACUGUUCAAGACGAAUCUUUGGAGGGAGAUUUCAGUAGAGUUCAGAAGGGCGAUUGUCUUGUCGCUUUCUCAAGGAGCGGCAUAUUCGCGCUGAAGCGCAAGGUAGAAGGGAGUACUGGCUUGCGUUGCGCUGUUGCAUAUGGGCGACUUCCUCCCGAAAUCCGUGCGGAGCAGGCUGCGCUCUUCAACAAUCCACACAGCGGCUAUGACGUGAUGAUCGGAAGUGAUGCCAUCGGCAUGGGACUUAAUCUCAAAAUCAAACGCAUCAUCUUCGAAACCCUGCAUAAAUUCGACGGCACCACCGAACGUCCUCUAUCAGUUUCCCAAAUCAAGCAAAUUGCCGGGCGUGCAGGACGUUACGGCCUGCAUGGUGAACCUGGAGGCUUUGUCACCACUCUCCAUGCACACGAUCUCUCCAUGCUUCACUCUGCAAUUUCGUGCCAACCAGAUCCUAUCAUGUUUGCAGGCAUCUCUCCUACAUUGCCUUGGGCUGAGAGUGUUCUCCAAGCACUUCCUGUCGAUGCCUCACAUCAGACAUUAAUGGAGGUGGCUCCAUAUGUCUCAAACGUCCGCCCUCCUUGCCGUGCCUUCGUUCCCCCCAAAGUCGAGGAAAGAUCCAAGUUCGUCGAAACCCAUGCCAAAAAUAUGAAGCUAUACGACAAGCUCCUCAUCGGCGGUGCACCCAUGAAUUGGCGAGAUCCCCUCGCUAUAGAAUUCACAGCUCGCCUAUGUCAGAUAUACAACGACGUGAUCCGAGUCCCCAUCAUGGACGCCCUCCGAGUCGGUCCAUAUAUAGAGUUAUUGGAGAGUGUAGAAGACAUGAUGUUUGGCGGCAAGUCUUCUGCUGGUGCACCAUCCCAGGCACUCAUCACUCUUGAGGGACUCCACAAAUCGCUCGUGCUGUAUCUUUGGCUCAGCUAUCGUCUCCCUGUGGCGUUCUACCAGUCGGAGGAAGCCUACGCCCUUAAGGAGCGCACGGAGAAAGCCCUUGAUUGGUGUCUGCGGAACGUGUCUACGAGGGUUGCAGACAGACAGCCCGUUAACUUUGGACUGAGGAUUCGUCCAGAAGCCGAGGACGGUGUGGAAUAUCGUCGUACUCCAUUCGCUCGCCAGCAGGAGGAGAGCAACCGAGAGUUGGCGGUGAAGUACGCAAAGUUGUUGAAUUCACAAAAGCGGAGCUCUCGCGGUUAAUGUUGGAAGCCCGAGAUCGUUGGGGAUCAAAUCGAACUACAUAAAGCAUUGAAGCAGGUUUCCCGCUUGGUAUCAUGGAUGCAGACGUGUCGGAAUGAAUUGAAGGGUCCAUUCAGUUCUCCGAGUCCCAUUGAAGGGCACAAGAAAGUUCUCCGAGAAGACCCCGGCAUCUAGCUCAGGCCUUCCAAUUUUGGCUUCAAUGAAUGUCGCACUGUGGUUGUCUGUACGUGGUUAAGACAUGAUAUAUUGCAGAGUUUCUCAAUGACGCGCCACUUUCAUUGACGACUCGUGA